GUUUUGACGUCGAUGGGGGAAAAAAAAGAAAGCUGAGGACAUUCGAUCUAAUGAGAUUGAUAAUCAUUUGCUUUCUGGUAAUCACCUAAUGUAAGCCACUUCUGUGCCAUGGAAGUUGUGUAUACCUGCAAUGAUGAACCCGAAGGCAAUGUCAAAGACUGGAUUUCUGAGGAGAAAUGUUGCAGUUCGUUAUCUAGCCAAAACGUGUUGGCAAUCAGUAGACAGAAAACCAGUUUACUUAAAAGAAAAAGGGGGAACGAAACAAGCAUGGUCUGUGAAGUUGGUGUGUUUGAUCUUGACAAACCGUGGGAGUGGUUCACUGUUACAAGCUGUCAGGCCAUUGUCACCAAUCUGCGAUGGGAUAAAACUGGAACACGAUUGCUGAUCACCGAUUCUAAUGGUUUAUGUCAAGUGUGGCAAAUGCAGGAAUUUCUGGUGAAUAAAUGGGAAUGCAUUGGGUCGUCCUUACUUCCGGGAGAAGACAUACUGACUGCUGCGUGGUUCCACACUGGUGUUCAGAUUUUAUUCAGUCCUGAGAAGAAAGAUGCUGUAACUUAUGAGGACAAAUUCCUGAGGGAGCGAUAUCAGCCCUCUGUGACCCAGUUUGGGGGCAAGCCUGUAGAUGGCUGGUUAGCUGUGACAGUUAGUGGACUGGUGGACUGCUGUGUAAUGAACAGACAUGAACCCCUCAUAACGUCAGCUCACAAAGCCCUGUCUCUCACCCCACAGCGGCUCAGUCUGGCUGCAGUGGCAUAUUCCAACAUGGGGGGUAUCGUCAUUGCCACCAGUGAUGGUCAGCUGUCCUCUCUCAUUCAGUGCUUUCAUGUGACCAUACAACUGACCACAGAGGGAAUCCAGAUCACCAGUAAACCUACAUCUAGUCUGCACAUGAAAAGUCGCAUGGAAUACUCUAGCAAUGAAAGCCAGCAGAUGACUGUAACAAACUUGACCUUCAUGAAUCCUGAGUCAUGUGACACUCUCAUUGUGACUUGUGGCUGCAAUGGCUACAGUUCUAUGGAGAUCUGGCAACUGGUGGAACAACACACCACUCUUCACCAGCUGUGUCAGUCCAGCCAAGGGAUUGAUAAUGGAUUCAAAAUUCACAAAUGGAUGCAUCAUUCCACAAUUCAACACACAUCAUACCUUUCCUGCAUUGCAACAUCAAAUCUUCCUGUUAAGCAUGUGAUGGAGACAGGGUUUUCACCAUACUUCGCGACAGCAUACAAAGACGGGUCCAUUAAACUUAUUCAUCGUCAUAAUCACCAAGUUCUGCACACAUCAACAGAUGCUUUACGCAUGCAUGCUGUCAGCAGCUCUUCAGCAAAGAAGUCCAAAAAAUCAGUCAAUAUCACCAACCUCUUACAGACAUUUUGUGGGUGUGGCCUUAUUGCAGUGCAUGAUGGGAAAGUUUCAGUGCUAAAAGUUUACAGUGUAAAAGACGGUGCUAUUUCUAUGUCAGCUCUACUGGUGUGUCUGCUGUUUGAGUAUGCGUUGGUCACUGGGAAUGAUUGGUGGGGAAUUUUGCUGGCAGUCAGACCUGGUAACAUAGAGGCUAUAUGUGGGAAGCUGAUCGACAACUUCCAUAGACAGUCACCGGCCAUGCAGGAAGCUGUAGCCAUGCGACUCCAAGCCCUUAAAGUAGCUCUGUACAGCACAAACUUUUCCAGUCGAGAGAAAGCUUCCGACUGUCACACCAGAUUGGUUCUUCAGGCCAUCAAUGCAUUGUUUCGGGGUCUGCUGAGACCCAAAAACAUUUCCUCACAAGAUAAGAGCUCUGGAGAGAAGCUGAGUGCUGUCUGUGUAAAGUCCACUGAUGGUGACCUUGACAAAGUUUUGUAUGGCCUUGACAAAGAAGAGUUUCAAGUGGACACCAGGCGAAGGGAUAGAGCAGGGGACGGAUUGAUGCAGUCCUUGAAGCCCCUGAUACAGUGGAUUGCAGACUUCUGUCUUCACCUGUUAGCGUCCAUUCCUUUAUACCAGUCUUAUCCCAGCUUCCCCGGAUCUUCUCUGCUGAGCGACAGUUCCCUUCUCAGAACGCUGAGAGAACUCCUGGUCGUCAUCCGGAUCUGGAGCACCACAUUCCCCAGUGUGGCACCCUUGUUCACCACCACAUCUAAUGUGGACUGUUUGGCUCACCUGUACAAAGUCCUUACCAAAGCCUGGCUCUGUUGUAAGGAUGGGACAAAAUUGGAAUAUGAUGAGACAUUGCUGGAUGAGUGCUGUGUUCUCCCCAGUAAACUACUGGUGCCUGCCAUGAAUCAGAGCUUCAGACUUUACAGUUCGGGGUACACGGUGUUUGGACAGUCUUUUCCAAUCAGUUUCACUUGGGGCAAUUUUCCUGAGUAUCUGUAUAGUCAAAAGAAAUCUAAGCUGAUGUACGUUUCUGAUGUUCUGACAGAAAAUGAGCAGCAUCAUGACAUCAUCAGGCAGAUCCACCUGGGGGUGAAUUUGUCGGAGAAUGUUCGACAGUGUUGUCGCUGUGGUGGCUUUUCCCUACUGACAAGUGUUACCAAAUCGUCCAUUAUGAAGGCUUGGGAGAAAAGAUGGCAACGACACUGUCUCUGUGCAGCUCAUUGGAAGUUGUAUUCGGACAAAGAUUGAGUUGUCUGAGAGAGAGCUGUAGAGACAUGAUAUUGUUGUACAAUGGUGUAUGUAAGCGCUGUAACAGAUGGAAUCUCAUGCUGUGAUUAAGUGGCUUAAACAUAUCUGUACAUGUUGUUGUAUAUAUGAUACACCGGAUACCAAAUGUUUUAUCUGUAAUGUGAAGCUGAGGAAUGAACAAUCACAAUAUACCAUUGAGUGUUUGUGUACGUGAAAGAAUUCUUGAUAUUACACUCAGACGCAACUACUUUUGCACAUGGGUGAUUGUUAAAACUGCAUGAAUUGUAUUUUUAUGAUUUUGUCAAAGGAAAAAUUUUCAUUAAAGAACCAGGUGCAUUAUGAA